UCAUGCAGAGCUAAACAAAACCCAAGUGGUUUGCGGAGAUUGUGCAGUUGACUGCUCAUCGGAGAACAUGAACAAGACGCUUAAGUCGCAAUCUCUGCGCUGCUGCUCUAUCCUGGAGGUGAAAAGUAAAUAUGGUGCAGAAUUCAGGAGGUUUUCCCUCGAUCGUUCUGAUCCCGGGAAAUACAGAGAUUUCCACCGACUCAUUGUGGGUUUUCAUCACUUAUGGCAAAUGGACGUCCUUAUCGGAUACGCGGAUGUUCAUGGAGAACUGUUGCCUAUCAAUAAUGAUGACAACUUUUGGAAAGCUGUGACCUCUACACAAUAUUUACUGCGCAUCUUUAUUCAGCUGCAAGAUGAAGCGGAGCAGUGUAUCAUUGGAGUCGAUGACAUGUUAAAGCGAAAGAAAUCUCCAGCAGCAUUAUGGGGCGACGUCAGCCACAGAAAAUCUCAGUUUCAGAUCAGCAUGCCACACAACUUCCGCCCCGUUUCUUCCAUCAUUGAUGUGGACAUCCUACCAGAAUGCCACAGAAGAGUCCGCCUCUACCACCAGGGCUCGGACAGACCUCUAGGAUUUUGCAUACGUGAUGGUACUACUCUUAGAGUUACUCCUUACGGCUUAAAAAAAGUGCCAGGGAUCUUUAUCUCACGCAUAGUACCCGGCGGACUGGCAGAGAGCACUGGACUUCUGGCCAUCAAUGAUCAAGUUUUGGAGGUGAAUGGUAUUUAUGUAAUAGGAAAGUCUUUGGACCAGGUGACUGACAUGAUGAUUGCCAACAGUCACAACCUCAUCAUCACCGUAAAACCCGCAAACCAGCAUAACAACAUAAGACGGAAAAGCUGUGGUUCCUCAAGACAUAUUCUUGAUAACACGGACUCUGUAAGCUACCCAGGGCUACCAAUGAUAAUGAAAGCUUACGGCUUGACAGGUAAUGGGUCUCAGAGUGAAGAAGAUGCAGAUGUGAUUGUCGAGAGGGCCAUCAAAUACAAUUCCAGGCGCUCCAGUGCUUCAACAGAUUCUUAUACUUCUCAUCCACAUGUUUAUUCUUCUCAUAAACCCAAUGUUUUUGCUAGACUACCCAACUCAUUAAUUUCUGCAGCCGCCUAUCACUCUCAGCCUUGCCUCAACUAUACAGCUCACGGUGAGCAAGACCUCCCAAUUUACAGGCAUAAGACCCCCCAAAAGCAUUAUGGCUAUAAACCGUCCAUCAGACAGAAAGGGUCGAGCUGUAGCACCCAUGACCUUCUAAGCACAUGGCACAUAGAUGUAAGUCAACAUUUAAUGUUGCACCAGGGAGAAAUGGAGGAAGAUGGAAUUGUUGUCAUUUUGUGAGGACAUUGUGUGUACCCUCAUGUUAACUUUACCCUGGAUUUAGUUAUCCCAAAACAAAAAAUAAUCUGUCAUCAUUUACUCAAGUUGUUCCAAACAUGUAUCAAAUUCUUUGUUCUGUUGAACACAAGAAAGAUAUUUAAAAAAAUGUAGCAUCCAUGGGGCACUAUUGACUAUCAUAGUAGAAAAGAUUUAAAUGGUUGUCAGAGGUGCCCCAGGACGGUUGGUUUCCCUAAAUUCUUCAAAAUAUCUUCUCUUGUGUUCAACAGAACAAAGAAAUGAUGCAAUAUUUUUCUACUGUGGUAGUCAAAGGUGCCCCAGAAAUCUCAGUGGCUAACAUUCUGCCAAAUAUCUACCUUUGUGUUCCACCAAACAAGGGUGAGUGAUUCAUGACAGUACUUUCAUUUUUGGGUAAUUUAAGAUUUUUAUUUUCCCUCAAGACCAAGAAACAUAGUGAUAUGAGUUUUCAAUGACAGUGGUAACCCUGCUUUUUGCAUGCCACUUAAAUUUAACAUUACUAUAAAUAUUACACUAAGUUUUAAGAUUAUUGCAGGUUCAAAUGUAACACAUUGUAGUGUAAAUAACAUUAUGCACCACAUGAGAAAUCUGUUAAUCUUAAACACUAUGAUAGACCGAAGACUUUCACAAUCUGUAUUUACUUGACUGUUUAAAUCUUACCACUAAAUAAAAGCCUAAUUAUGACAUGAA